AUGUUUCUUUGCGCAAAACUUUUGCUUCUAUUCUUUAUUUCUGGACCCACGCUAGAGGUCCUUGCAGCCGAAUGCAAUUUCUGUUCGACGACCACUCAAAUGGCGUGUGUUUCCGAAACUGAAUACCAGUUCUGUGUAAAUAAUCUACCGUCUGGAGCGGUAAACUCUUGUCCAACGGGUUAUGUGUGCUCCACGACAGGAUCGGUAAUUUGUGUAUCAAGUACUAUGGGAGUUCCGGCAUCAUGUGGCGGAUGCAAUGUAUGUUCCACCGACUUAAAAUUUGCCUGUACUGGAACCAAUACCUAUGCAUUGUGUUUGGGAACAAAUGUACCCUCUACAACAGCUACUGGUAGUUGUGGUGCAAAUUUGGUAUGCGAUAUAAACUCCUCUGAAAUGUGUGUUCCACUUGUGGCUGGGGUCACAGCAUCUUGUACAACAACCACUACCGCAAGUCCCACUACACCCGGUCUUUCAACAACCUCACCAUUGCCAACAUACGCUCAGUAUUUGUGUCAAAUAAUUCGUAUAAAUGCUCGAUUUGCUCUACCGGCCGAAGUGGAUAAUACCUGCAGGAAUUAUGUUUACUGUUUCCUAACCCGCAAUGGUACCUGGUCGGGCCAAAUUUAUAAUUGUCCUGGACGCACGUAUUUUGAUCCAUACUCCCGUUAUUGUGUGGCAACCAUACCAACUGGGUGUUCAGGCCAAUGUAAUGUCUGUUCGCCUACGACCCAAAUAGCGUGUGUGUCCGAGACACAGUAUCAGAUGUGUGCAAAUGGUGUUCCCAGUGGAUCUGUAAAUUCCUGUCCAACUGAUUUUAUUUGUUCCACUGCGACAGCGGUAACUUGCCAACCUCGAACGUCGAACAUUACACCAAGCUGUAGUGGUUGUAAUGUUUGUGAUGCAACUCAGACAUUUGCUUGCACUGGCCCUAAUACCUAUGCUUUGUGUCUGGGUACAAAUACCCCAUCUGCCGAUGCUAAUGGAGUGUGUGGCCAAAAUUUGUUGUGCGACAUAAAUUUACCAAAAAUUUGUGGUAGUGCUACAGAUGGAGUUUCACCAACCUGUCCAUCGAAUAAUACCGGCAUAGGACCCUGUGGACCGUUAACACCUUCCGAAUAUGCUCUAAAAUAUUGCCAGAUAAUGCAAAUCAAUAGUAGAUUCCCAGUUCCGGCGGAAAUUGAAAGCACCUAUCAGAACUACAUUUACUGUUCCCUAACCCCCGAUGGUACAUGGACUGGUCAAAUGUAUACCUGCGCUGGUAGUACUUAUUUCGAUCCAUAUUCCAAAUAUUGUGUAGCCAAGAAACCAACAGAGUGCUGA